UUUGCGUGUCUGGGGAAGAAGAGCGAGAGGACCCUCACGUUGUUACGGCCAACCGCCGUAAAGCUGCGCGUUAGUGCGCAGACUCAGACGCUCGCGCACUUCUUCUUCUUCUUCUUCUUCUUCUUCUUCUGUCGGCUGGUCUGAGAACGAGGGCAGAGGAGUGCAACUCCUGAUGGGAAGGAAGGGAGGGAAGGAAGGGAAGACGCCGAGGAGGAGUUGAGCAAGGAGCGGCGGGUAUGUGGCAAAACUCUCAACUCCUCUGACAACGAAGCGACAAAGAGUUGCGUCUUUUUGUUUUGGGCAACGCGAGCUCCGUCCUGUCGGGGAUUUGAACCUGUGAACUUCCGGCCGGGCCGAGAUGGAGGGAGAGAAGGAGAGGCAGAGGCAGCAGCGAGAGGAGAAGGAGAGCAACGAGGCAGAGGACGAGGAGGAUGAGGAGGAAGAAGAAGAAGAGGAUGAAGAAGAAGAAGAAGAUUCGGAGGGAGCGGCCCUGGUCUGGCAGGAGGGCUAUGGCGAGGACAACCUGGGACUUCCCAUCAUGCACUGGGAGGCACUGAGCCUGCGCAUCGCCGAGCUCGAGAAGCAGGAGGAGGAGAACAAGGAGAAGAGGGCAAAGAGUGGCGUUUCCCUGGAGCGAGGCAGAGCUCCGGUCAGCUGGUCAGAGGAGAGAGGGAGGAGGACGGAGAGCUGGGGGGACGGAGACGACGCCUGCAACAGCCACGUGCUGGCACUCACCUCCCGCCUGCAGACCCAGAUGAACCUCCAGCUGUGCUUCAUCAACAACAGUGAAAGUGAGGAAGAGGAGGAGAGGGAGAGCAGCAGCACACGGGUCCAGAAGGAUCCGCAGCCGCCCGCCAAGCCGGAGAAGCUCAAGUCCAGAGGCUUCCGGAACACUCUGAGGAACCUGAGGGACCGGCUGAGGGCCGACCACAGGACCCUGGCUGCAUCUCACAGUGAGCCUGUGGUCCAGAGACAUGUGGAGAGAAGUGACUUACAGAACUUCAGCAUGAAGGACCUGACGGCUCUGAGAACGUCACUGAGCCGGAACACACAAGAGCUGAGCUCCGACCUGGUUGGCCGCCUGCAGGUGCGAGACCAGCUGCGGACGGAGCAGGACGCCAUGCUGCUGGAGGUCCAGGACCUGACGUCGCUGUGAAGCCGCCUCCUCCAACAUCUCACCAGCCAAUCACUGUGAAGCCUGCAAGGGAGACGUGGACAUUCAGUUUUAAAGUAACUGUAUAUUUAUGAGGGACAUUUAGUCGACAGGACCGUGUCCACCAGCACAUCGGGCUUCGUUAGUCACGGUGAAGCACUGAAACUAAGUGAGGCAUCCAGGAAGUAGACGGUGACCUUAAAGGAACACGCCUCCGAGUGUCCAGUGACAGGAUUGGUCCGCUCUGCGGCGCCUUCUGACCACUAGGAGCGCUGAGACGUUUCCACCGGCGGGCUAUCGUCCUGCUUCUGGAGAGUCUUGUGAUGUUACUACAAAGAAAACAACAACAGGCCGAUGUUCAGCCUCUCCGGCACAUUUAAGGUGGACCGGCGCUAUUGUUCUCUGUUUUAUUAUUUUUGUAAUACUUCUUUGUACUCAUAGCGUGGUUAAUUAUUAACAAACCCUACCGCGAAGAGCUACGCUCUCGUCUGUACCAGGAAAUGUUAGCAAGAGAGUAAUUAUUAUACUCGAGUGUAAGUCCUUGUACUUUGUGACCACAGCAGAGAUCCCGACCUGUAAAGUCUUCAGUUCUCUUCUAACUGAAACUUGAAGGGUCUUCCUCCUGCUACGAAGCUGCUAUCGGUCUUUGUUUUAUACUCUGUGUCCUUCUCUGAUGUUUUUUUAUUAAUAUUAUCAUGUUGUAAUUCACAUUUAUCUCUGUGUAGCUUUUCUUACGUACAACCCUUUUAAAUGUUCCUUCACCAAAGUGCUGUUUCUUUUAUAAGAAAGAGAAGAAAUGUUAAUAUUUGUAUUCGACCAGUUGGGAAAGUUUUAACACAAGUUAUUCAUCAUUUGCCUUUCACACAAUUCAAAUACAAAUGUGGCUGCUUUGCCUUCCUGUCAUCACUUCCUGUUCUCACGGUUAAAAGACUUCAGGAAGUGAGGACUUCCAUCCACAGGAGUUUAACAGUGAAUAUUAAAAAAGGGAAACAUUUUAAUGAUGUUGAAUUGACCAUUUAAAGUGUUCUAGUGCAGUUCGUUGUCAUGGCGUUGAAACAGUUAAUUAUUUGAUACGCGAUGACAGAACACGGAUUCAUCUUCAUAAAGACAAACUCCUUUACGUUGUUGUUGUUGUUGUUGGUGCCUCCACAUGAUUAACAUGUUUAUGAGCUCACACGUGAGUAAGAACUGUUUAUCUAAUCGUCUUGUUUCAAAAGUAACUCUUGUAUUAAUGUGUGGAUUAAUUAAUUCACUUGACUGCACACUACAAUACUGUGUUUUUUAUUUUUGGUGGUGGUUCAACCAUUUAGUUUACAUUGGAUAUCAGAUUGUGCCUUUAAAUGAAUAAAGCAUUAGUACAGUCA